AUGCCAUCUUCCUUUGUCACAUUCAUCUAACAUUAUUAUUAAUACACACUUCCACAAUUAAACUCGCAAGGCUUCACUAACCCUUCAAUUCCUCUCUCAGAAAACGAUUUCCCCUUUUCCAAUUUCCAAUUUCCAAUUUACGAUUUCCGAUUUCCACUUCCAAGAUCCAAAUUGACCACGAAAAGCUUCAUUCAUGAGUUCCCAAUUUCACUAACCCUAAACCCCCUUUUCGAUUUUUUCAUUUCUUGGGGGUUCUGAUCAAUUUUGGCUCUUAAAUCCAAUGGCACCAAGCUCUGUGGUAGUCACAAUAGACAAAUCAAGCAAUAUUUCGUUGGUGGAAGUUAAUGAUUCAGACACAUCUGUGUUUCUCGAAAAGCAGAAAACAGCAAGCACAAAGCAGUUUUCAUGGACGCUUUUGCUAAAAGCUCAUAGAGUACUUUCUUUCUUUCCAUGGAUCGCAAUGGGGUUUUCGAAAACUUUGGUUUCUGUGAAAAAACGAAUUGCGUUAGCAGAUAAUGGAAGAGAUGAAGUUCAAUACAAAGAACGAUUAAUCUACAGAUUCAUCAGAGUUUUUCUUGCCAUUUCGAUUAUUUCUUUGUGUAUCGAAUUCGUUGCUUAUUUUCAGAACUGGGAUUUGAAUUUCAUUCAUGAAUUCCACCCCACAGAAGUCAUGGGACUGUUUCAUUGGUCGUAUAUGGGUUGGGUAUCAUUCAGAGCUGAAUAUAUUGCUCCCUCGAUUAUGAUGCUAUCUCAAUUCUGUGUUGUUCUUUUCAUGAUUCAAUCGCUUGAUCGAUUCAUACUGGGACUUGGGUGUUUUUGGAUCAAGUUCAGGAACAUAAAACCGACAAUUGAUGGCGAAGCUUAUGACAUCGAAGAUGCUUCCAGUUUCCCCAUGGUUCUUGUUCAGAUCCCCAUGUGCAAUGAAAGAGAGGUGUAUCAACAAUCGAUUGCAUCUGCUUGUCAACUGGAUUGGCCAAAAGACAGAAUCUUGAUUCAAGUUUUGGAUGAUUCAAGUGAUGAACUUUUACAGAUUUUGAUCAGAAAUGAAGUGAAUAUAUGGAGUGAAAAAGGAGUUAACAUAAUUUACAGACAUAGAUUCAUAAGAACAGGCUACAAAGCUGGAAACCUUCACUCAGCUAUGUCUUGUGAUUAUGUAAAAAAUUACGAAUUCGUUGCGAUUUUGGAUGCAGAUUUUCAGCCAAAUCCAGAUUUCCUUCAACUCACAGUUCCUCACUUUCAGGGAAAACCGGAUGUGGGUCUAGUUCAAGCAAGGUGGUCAUUUGUGAACAAAGAUGAGAAUUUACUCACAAGGCUACAAAACAUAAAUUUGUGCUUCCAUUUUGAGGUUGAACAACAAGUGAAUAGUCAUUUUCUAAGUUUCUUUGGGUUCAAUGGGACAGCUGGCGUGUGGCGGAUCAAGGCUUUGGAAGAAUCCGGUGGGUGGCUCGAAAGAACGACAGUUGAAGACAUGGACAUUGCGGUUCGUGCACAUUUAAACGGGUGGAAAUUUAUUUAUCUUAAUGAUGUCAAAGUCCUUUGUGAAUUGCCUGAAUCUUAUGAAGCUUACAAGAAACAACAACAUCGAUGGCAUUCGGGUCCUAUGCAACUCUUUAGACUUUGCCUCCCCGCAAUCCUCAAGUCCAAGAUAUCCAAGUGGAAAAAGGCGAAUUUGAUAUUCUUGUUCUUUCUUUUGAGAAAGCUGAUUCUACCUUUCUACUCGUUUACCCUGUUUUGCGUGAUCCUUCCAUUAACGAUGUUCAUACCAGAAGCUGAAUUGCCGAUUUGGGUGAUAUGUUACGUACCAGUAACCAUGUCGAUCUUAAACAUCCUUCCAGCUCCAAAAGCAUUCCCGUUCUUAAUGCCAUACUUGCUAUUCGAAAACACAAUGUCUGUCACCAAAUUCAACGCCAUGGUUUCCGGUCUGUUCCAGCUCGGAAGCGCCUACGAAUGGGUGGUCACGAAGAAAACCGGCCGAUCAUCGGAAUCGGACCUACUAGCCUUCGCAGAGCGGGAAUCAAAGAGUUUCAACGAAGACAAGAUCCAGAGAAGACUCUCGGAAUCCGGCCUCGAGAUGCUUGGAAAACUUAAAGAACAAGAAGCUCCGGUGGAGCCGAAGAAGAAGAAUCGGAUCUACAGAAAAGAACUCGCGCUCGCGUUUCUUCUGUUAACGGCGGCUACGAGAAGUCUUUUAUCGGCCCAUGGAAUCCAUUUCUACUUCUUGUUGUUUCAAGGGCUUUCGUUUCUUGUUGUGGGGUUGGAUUUGAUCGGUGAACAAGUGGCGUAAUUGUGGCCGGAGAUGUUGGCGGCGGCGGUGGUUCCUGCUAAUAAUGCGGGAUUUGGGUCCGGGCCGGGUCGGGUCGAUUUAAUGGGACUUGGACCGGUGAAUAUAGGAUGAUACUUGAGACUUGAUAUUAGAGUUGAUAUUUUUUUGUUGGUGUUAUUGUAUAAUUAGUCCGAAUUGGAUUGAGAUGAUUUAAUUGGGUGAUUAACACCUAAUACUUGGGCUCGAGGAACCAAUUUGGAGCGAGCUCUAUACAUUUUCACGUGUAAUUUAUAUAUAUUUAAUUCAAAUGUUUUUAGUAAUCGGAUAAUAAAAUAUCUAUACAACUUCUCA